CCACCUUUUCUGUAGAGAUUCCCCGCCACUAGCUUUAACAUACUUCUCAUGUUGCUCAAUAGUGGGCCAAGACCUGAAUUUCAACUUGACAGUAACUACCUAAAUUGAAGGGGAGAAUUGUACUCUCCGGCUCCUUCAACUACAACCUGUGAAAAGAUUCUCUGGUUGCAAUAGUAGAUAACAUUGGUGGUUGAAGAUUCCAAUAUUGGUUCUCUCCAGUAAAGCCGAAAAGCGACUGGGCUGCACAUCGCCCCGACGAUCUGACAAUUUGUGUUAGUCAAACAGGGAUGAUUAUGUCGUCGCUCAUUGAACCUUAAAAACAAUCAAAGACCUGCGGCUAAGCUGGAGGAACACAACCUGACGCACAACACACCUCGCUCUUAAGUUUGAUCCACAUCUCUAAGCCACCUUCCACCAUAGCUUGGAGAAGCGUUGGGAACCUUCAGAAAUUCUAAAACCUUAUUUUUCUUUCAAGGAAUCUGCCUAUUUCUAAAGCAGGAUGGACCGUAAGAAUCCUUCGGAGGAGGACUUGGCUCCCAUCCCGGGAAGCCCGACGCCUCUGCCAAGAACGAAACGCGGCCUUGAGAAACCUUCCUGGAUGGAUAUUCGGGCGCCUCCGAUGACCCCUCCCACUGACCUUUGGCAUGCAAGCCGCGGUCGAAAGGUUCCCCGGGUGAAGAAGCUAGCGCUCGAAGUCCGCCUUUUUCUGGAUUUUGAACAAUGCGGAGAGAAAAAGGUUUUUGAUAUUGAGAGAUGCCUCUCCCUCAAACAAUUUUUAGAUCUUGUCGACAAAGUCUUUGAAGGUGUUAUGCUUUUCGAGCAAGUUGACACCUCAGAGUUGCAGUUCAUCUCAAUCAGCUGGCAACGUCGAACCGGCACCCACUGUAUAAAAAUUACUCCAGAAGCCUAUGCUGAUUGGGAAGCAAUGGUUCAAGUUGCGAAAACCACCAUUCGUACCCAAAGAGCAGGGGAAAAGGUCGCAAAGGUUGAGGUCCAUAUUCGUGAUGAAAACAAGCGGCGCUGGGCCGAAAUCGCGGAGAAAAUCAAGCUUAAGCUUAAUACAGAGGAUACUGAGAAAGGAUAUUCCUCUGAGCAGACGAUGGAUUUUGAGAUGGAAAAUUAG